CAGCUUAUUCAUCAUGGAGUAAUGAUCCAACAUAAUUAUUAUAUAGCCAAGCAGGAUACAAUCAUUCUCAAAUACAAUCACUACUUCAUUAAUCAUCCAAUCUAAUUAGACCCCCUAGACAAUACGGCACUUAAGGAUCCAUCGGACAAUCUGAACUCCUCCAAUACAAGUACGAUCACACUCUAUUUAAUAGUCCUUAGCAACAAUAAACCUUGACCUAAUCGUAUUCAUCUCAGAAAAUUGGCAUUGCGUACUUACAUUUAUAUUAAUUGGAAGUCCUUUUUCUGCCAGAUAAAUAGCUACCACACCUGUUGUCUCCUAAAGCAUUACACAAUCACAACCUCUUCUAAUCACUCCGUCAGUUAGAAUUGCAUCUAAUUAACCAAAUAAUGCUGAGGUACAUCAUCAAGAAAGGCCACUAUAAGUUGUCACAUUAGAUGAUAUGGAUUCACGAUGGAAAACAAAAUGCAGUAAUCUAAUUAUGUAAUUUUAAGUGUAAUUGGAGGUUUAUCUCUUCGAUCUUCAACAAGAAAAUCUCAGACUAAGAGGAAAUGCCCCAUAGAUAUCCUAUGUCUAAGAUGAUUCCAAAGUAUUUAUACUUAAUAUUCCAGAUCAAUGAACUCAUUAAUGCUAACAAAGAAUUAAAAAAUCAAGAACAAGGACUCAGAUAAUCUAAUAAACAAUUGCAAGAUGAAUUAGACCAAUGGAAAUUAAGAUACAAAUAACUCUAGGAAUCCAACUCUAAAAAUUAAGGAGCAGAUGAUGAAAUCAGACUACUUAAAAAGAAAAUUAGUAAAAUCUAUAAUCAUUUUUAGGCAAUCUAACAGAUGAUCUCAAAAAUUCAUAAGAAAAAAAUGAAUUCAAAGAUUAAGAAAUUCGUAAACUCAAAUUACUCAUGAAUGACAAAGACAAUGAGCUUGAAUCACUGGAUUAAAGAAUUAGAGAAAUGGAAAUUUAAUUGGAGAGUUUCUCUUAAUCGGAAUAAUAAAUUAUUUCUCUCUAAGGAGAAGUAGAAUUAUGGAAGAAGAAAUUCAAAUAGCAAAAUGAAAUCAACUCUGACAUUUCUGAAAAACUUACCAUGGCAGAAACAUAAUUAGAAGCCUUGAAAAAAAGCAAAGUUACUGUUACUAAAGAAAGUGAAAUUAAAAGAACUGGACCAUCAGGUACUGGAGUCACUACCCAAUUUGAAACCAGUACCAUUAAAGGAGCCACUAUUGCUCCUGGGGGAUAUAGCCAAUAUGGAACUAACAACAGUGGGAGAAAUUCAGUUGUUAGAAAUUCAGGUUAUAAUGAUAGAAAAUAAUUAUGA